AUGUCAUACUCACAGGGCAGUACAGGGUCGAAUGGAAUGGCCUACAACAUGUUGAAUGCUUCGCAAUCCCUCUCUGCCACCCCUCGCGCAACUCCUCCGCCCCCGAAAGGAUCUCAGAUGUCCUCUUUCGGUUACCCCAACGGCCUCGCACGAACUAGCUUUGGUGGAUACGAUGGAGCCAACGACUAUGGGUCGGUAAUGUCAUAUCAGGAGGAGUACAAACCACAGAUUUACCGAGCUGUCUACUCUAAUGUCGCUGUCUAUGAAAUGGAAGUAAAUGGUGUUGCUGUGAUGAAACGUCGAUCCGAUUCUUGGUUGAACGCUACGCAAAUUUUGAAAGUCGCUGGUGUAGUGAAAGCGAGACGAACGAAAACCCUCGAGAAGGAAAUUGCGGCCGGUGAACACGAGAAAGUACAAGGCGGUUACGGAAAAUACCAGGGGACGUGGGUUAACUACCAACGAGGCGUUGACCUCUGCAGAGAAUACCACGUUGAAGAAUCACUCCGGCCACUGCUGGAGUACGAUAUGAACCCUGACGGCUCCGGAGCUCCUGCCCACGAAUCGACGAUAGAUACACCCACCAAAGAACAAGCAAUGGCUGCGCAGCGCAAACGCCUUUACAACGGCGGGGAGAAUCGCAGCGCUUCACAGCCGCAGCAGGGAACUUUCUUCCAAAAUAUCUCGCGAACCGCCGCCACCGCUGUGAAUGCCCUCAGCAAAGCGCGCUUCGACUCACCCAGCUCUAAUAAUCGUCGCCCCAGCAUGGCUCGCAAGCCCUCACAGCAGAUGAGCAGCCAGGAAUCCGGACUCGCGUUCAGCAGCCAGCAGAGCAUGUACAGCAUGUCCGACAGCGGGUUUGGCAGCUUGCAAAAUCGGUACCAGGUUCAAGACGACAACGACGAUCUUGCGGAACCUCCUCGCAAACGCAUGCGCUCUACUUCGCACCAAGGCCCACCUAUCGGUCUUGCUCGAGAACCAUCCAAUCUAUCCAUGCACGAACCUACACCCACAGAACCUAACGACUCCUUUUAUCAAGAUAUGGAUAUUCCUCCCCCUCCUAUUGACGAUGGCUCGAAACGCGGCGUCGAGUCCCUGGCGCCUGCUUCUACUCCCGAGAGAUUCCAGAAGAUGAAGCUCAUUAUGACAUUGUUCCUCGACAAACGAACAAAAGACUUCACGGAUCACCCGGCCUUAUUGCAGUUGACCGGGGAUGAUCUUGAAAUUCCCCUUGAUGAGUAUCGAAACAAUGCCCUGCACUGGGCUGCGAUGCUUGCCCGAAUGUCACUACUCAAUGCGCUAGUAGCCAAGGGUGUCAGUAUAUCACGAGUCAACGGUGCCGGAGAAACGGCCCUGCAGAAGUCCGUGGGCACUCGGAACAACCUUGAUUAUCGAAGCUUCCCACGUUUGCUGCAGGUAUUAGCCCCUACCAUUGACAUGGUCGAUUACAGCGGACGUACAAUCCUGCACCAUAUCGCCAUGAUGGCCGCAACAGGUGGCGGCGGACACGUCUCCGCAAAGCAUUAUCUGGAAGCUCUUCUUGAGUUUAUUGUACGACAUGGCGGUAUCGUCCCAAGUGCGAAUGGAGACCAUGCGCCAAACGGGAACCCCAGCAAUGAAGUCAUCUCUUUGGGACGGUUCAUCUCUGAGAUUGUCAACCUCCGCGAUGAUCAGGGCGAUACCGCCCUUAAUCUGGCAGGGCGUGCGCGCUCAGUCCUUGUCCCGCAACUCCUGGAAGUGGGUGCUGAUCCUCACAUUCCAAAUCAUACUGGCCUCCGGCCUGCAGAUUACGGUGUGGGUGUCGACAUGGUCGACGGAAAUUCUCAGUCUCAACAACCGGUCAAUCGGAAUGACACAUUCAUUGAUCAACUGGCGAAGUCGAAGAAAGAGAUUCUUGAUGCGGCAAUGUCCCAAAUUAGCACAAUGGUUGAAGAAACACUUGGCAGUAUUGACCGAGAGUUGGCUUCGAGUUUGACACAAAAACAAGAAAGUUUCGAUCACUGGCAUACGAAGAUCCGCGAGUCUGCCAAAGCUCGGCAGAUCGAACAGAAGCAAUAUGAUGAGCUUAGACGCAAGGGUGCUGAGCGCGUGGAGCUAGAUCGGCGCAUCAAGAAUCUAGAGCGUUCAUCUGAGGGUCUGUUGGUCACAGUGAAAAACACACCAGGACUGGACGCGACCAAGACGGUUGUUGUGGGUGACGCCGACAGAGAUUCCGGUGUUGAUGUUGCAACAUUUGAUGCUCUCUUCCCUGAGGCUUUCGACCCAGCGUCCGGGUUCUCAGACCACCAAGUUGGCUUCCUGGCUGCACUGCCACCAACGGAUCUGCUUAGGCGCCAGGCACAAUGCUACAAAGAAUUUAACGGAGGGAUAUUAGCUGAAGUCGAUGGCCUGAAAGCAAAGAACGCAGUUCUUGGACAAAACUACCGUCGCAUGGUGAUGGCAUGCACGGGCUGGACAGCAGAGCAAGUGGAUGAAGCCGCGGAGGGGCUCACGCAAUGCGUCAAGGAACUGAAUGACAAUCCCGUUCCCGAGGACGAAGCCAUUGAGAUCCUGAUGCGGGAUCGCGGGCAGGAUUGGAUCAACAAUAUGGCCACCGGCUUCCUACACGUGAAGGGCGACACUAUCGUCGAUGGGAAUGGAGAGGGGGUUGUGAUGCGAGGAGCUGCUCUCGGGGGAUGGAUGAACAUGGAGAAUUUCAUCACAGGCUUCGCAGGCCACGAAGCCCAGCACCGCGCUGCUAUGCGCCGAGUUCUAGGACAAGAGAAAUACGAAUUCUUCUUCGACAAAUGGCUCGAGUACUUCUUCACCGAGGCGGAUGCCAAAUUCUUCGCCGAGCUAGGAUUGAACUGUCUGCGUCUGCCUUUCAACUACCGCCACUUCGAGGACGAUUUGAAUCCCCGCGUGCUGAAAGAAUCAGGGUUCAAACACUUGGACCGAGUCGUCAACCUGUGCGCAGCGCACGGUAUCUAUACCAUUCUGGACAUGCACGCCGUUCCCGGUGGCCAGAACCCAGACUGGCACUCCGACAAUCCGACCGGCUAUGCCGCUUUCUGGGAUUACAAGGACCACCAAGACCGGACUAUUUGGCUCUGGGAGCAGAUCGCCACCAGAUACAGGGAUAAUCCUUGGGUUGCUGGAUACAACCCGCUCAACGAACCUUGCGAUCCUGAGCAUGUGCGACUACCCGCAUUCUAUGCUCGCGUUGAGAAGGCGAUCCGCAAGAUUGACCCGAAUCAUAUCCUGUGGCUGGAUGGGAACACAUUUGCAAUGGAGUGGAAGGGCUUUGACGAGGUGUUGCCAAACAGUGUAUAUGCUAUGCAUGAUUACUCGUCAAUGGGUUUCCCUACCGGCGAUCGCUACAAGGGCACAGCUGAACAGAAAGAACGUCUUGAACGCGGGUACCUACGCAAAGCGCAGUUCAUGAGCGAGAACAAGACCCCUGUCUGGAACGGGGAGUUUGGGCCCGUCUACGCGGACCAGGUAUUUGACGUCGAUGCCCAGACCGUCAACCAGGAGCGAUACAAUCUCCUUGGUGAUCAGCUGCGCAUCUACGAUAAUUAUAACAUCAGCUGGUCGAUUUGGCUCUACAAAGAUAUUGGUCUGCAGGGUAUGAUCUAUACAAACCCCGAGAGCAAGUGGAACAAGACGCUCAAGCCUUUCCUGGACAAGAAGAGGGACUUCUGGCUGGAUAAAUGGGGUCGCCGACCUCAAUCUGAGCCUGAGGCCGCUUUGAAGCCUUUGCUUGAGUGGAUUGACCGUGUUAGUCCCACUGCGAAGGAGACUUAUCCCACGUCGUGGAAUACGGAGUUGCAUGUCAUGCGGAAUGUGUUUUACACUUUCUUGGCGGCUUCAUUUGUGGAUGAGUUUGCUGAAUUGUUUCGAGGAAGUAGUGAGAAGGAUCUGGAAGAGUUGGCCAGGAGUUUCCACUUUGAGGGUUGUGUGCAGCGAGAGGAAAAAUCGAAAAAGAUCGCGGGGCACAUUCUCGACUCCAAGAUCAUUAAAAGGUUACUGGAGGGAUUUGACAUGGCUGAAUCUCCUGCGUAUCCGUCCAAUCUGGACAGCAUCUUUGAUGCCGCAUCUCCUCUCAAAGACCGCAUCGAUCCAAUCCGAUUGACGUCAGACAACAUCGUCCCGAUCCUCAACCUGCCCCUCACUCACAAGGUGCUGGGUCACGAUGCCUCAAACGAGUCUCUUGCGCAGGUUGCAAGCGGCGAGAUCUCAUACACUACCUUCGUCGCCAACCAGGCCCGCGCCGCCCUCGAGUCUAGCGAUGACCUAACCACGGAACAAAAGCAAUCGCAACUCCUUCAUCUUGGACUCGCAGCCUUGUUCAGCUUCCUGCAGUCCAACGUCACCGGUCCUCCCCUCGAAUUCAGCUCGGCUGAAGCUGUGUUGCCCUCUAGCCUGCGAACCGAACCCACAACCCUCAAAGCCGUGCGGGCAAAGAUCAUCCGUGACCUAACUUUGGAUGGAGAAGCUGCCUACAAGCUCACACCCAACCCGGAAUUGUUUGCUGUUGCCAAGGCUCUAUUAGCUGAUGCGAGCAGCGAUGGACCGCUUGUGGCAAAGACCGCGCGUAUGCGCACCAACUUCCUUCACCAAAAGAUGCUCUCGGAGGUCACAAGUACUCUCCAGGAUGUGAUCUACAAGGAUGUUGAGAUCCUGGACAAGGCUGAGUUGAACUCGGACGAGAGGAGUCGGUUCCUGCUGGAAAGGGCCACUAUCCACACACACCACGGAUUCGAUGCCAAGGCACGCGAAGAUAUUGAUCAGGCGGCCAAGGUGCGGAGGUUCGAGUUUGCGUUGACUGGAAAGAUGGGCAAGCGCACAAAAUUCCAAGACCGCGAUAUCAGUCAGCUGGUCGUGUUGGCUAAGAGCGCUGAUGAGACACCACAAUCUUCGGAGCCUUCUGGGCCCAAGAAUCUGAACUUGGACGACGACACCCUUCUCGAGGCUAUCUCUUUCUCCGACCAAAAGCCCGAUGAACAAUCCUUGGCAAUUCAGGAUAAGGUUUCCGCAGCUCUGGAUGCUAUUGAUGCCAACAACCAGCCUAUUCUCAACCCCGUUGACUCUGCUCUCCUACUGGCACUAGCAUCUGCCAUUACUAACACCUCACCUGAGAACGGCCUCACCCGAGAGGAAACAAACCCCUACGCCACUCGAGUGCUCGAUGGCGGCAGCUCCAACUGGCAGAUCUAUACCCAAGCACUUCUGGUCCGCAGUCGGGUAGAGGGCUACCGUUCCCGUACCGUUGAGAGAGCUGUGCUUCAGAUGCAGGCUUUGGUGGAUCAAGUCAUUGCGGACACCGCAACUAGCGAUGACGCAGCUCAGACUGAAUCUGGCGACCCUACAACUUUCCUGCCGCGCCCUGAGCAGUCUGAGUCUGCCCCGGCCGCUGACCGACUUGAGCACAUCUGGAUCCUAAACUUCUCAACACGCUGGAGCCUCGAGGCCGAGCUUGCCAAGCGCUGGGUUGAUCUCGGUGGUCUGCGCACCGCACUCGAGAUCUACGAGAGACUACACAUGUGGGCUGAGGCCGCGCUCUGCUACGCCGCCACCGAGCGCGAAGGCAAGGCGAAGAACCUCAUCCGCCGCCAGCUUUACCAGGCCACCGGCCCAGAUGAAAAUGAUGAAAACGAGCAAUUUGAAGGACCAGAGCGGUCACCACUACCAGCAGAUGCUCCCCGUCUGCUCUGCAUCAUGGGAGAUAUCGACAAGGACGAAAAGCUGUACGAGCGCGCCUGGGAGGUCUCCGGAGAGCGAUAUGCCCGCGCCCAGCGGUCCCUGGCCCGCCACUAUCUCACCUCCACACCACCGCAACUGGAAAAGGCCGAAAUAGCCUAUAAGAAGAGUUUGCACAUCAACCGCCUGAACCAGGGCGCAUGGUUCGCUCUCGGCUGUGUGCAGCUCGAGCUCCAGAAAUGGCAAGAAGCAACCGACACCUUCACCCGCACCGUCCAACUCGACGAUACCGACGGCCAAGCCUGGAGUAACCUUGCCGCAGCGAUGUUGCGCAUGCCCGCCCCAGAGCCCGCCCCAGAAGUUAUCGACGAGACCACCGGUGAAGUCUCCGUCGCCGAGGUCGACCCCUACAAGCGUAAGCGCGAGGCCCUAUCGGCGCUCCAGCGCGCAGCGCAACUUAAGGGCACUGACGCCCGCAUUUGGGACAACGUCCUGACAGUCGCGGCGUCCAUCCCGCCCCCAGCAACACCAUUCCGCGAUGUGAUUACCGCGCAGAGGCGCAUUAUCGAACUCGUCGGCACGAAGAAUGGCGAGAAGUGUAUUGAUGUGGCGAUUUUGGGCAUGCUCGUUGAUUUCCUGAGCGUGGCGUUCGAGUACGAGGCGUUGCUUAUUCGCUCUGACGAUCCAUCUGAAGCCCCGAUUGUUCGCACGGGUACUAUUCCUGGCCAGAUCAUCUCACUGGUGGAUCAGAAUGUCGUCCCGCUUAUUACACACUCUUCGGUGCUGUGGCAGAUUGUUGCUCGCGUUGAAGUUUUCCGUGGUCGGCCGUCUAAGGCGUUCGAGGCUCAUGAGAAGGCGUGGCGUGCUACUAUUGCUGCUAACGCUCAGGGUGCUUUCCAGAUGGGCGAUGAGAAGCCGUGGCUUGAGGUUGUGCGGGCUACGGAGAAGCUUGUGAGGGAUGGUUAUGCUAAGUUUGGUCCUAUGGACCGUGAAGAUCAGAAGACUGGGGGUGAUCAAGAGGCUGAGCUUGUUGCGAAGGACUGGCGGUUUAAGGCUCGAAGUGCCGUGAGAGGAAUCAUGGGCAAGGGCAAGGACUUCUGGGAUGGCACAGAGGGCUGGGACCGCUUGAAGCAGUUGCAGUCCGAGGUGACAGGCAAUUAG